AUGAUGGCGGAAUUAAAAGGAUCUGACAAAGAUCACAACCAGAACAUUGAUAUUAACGCUUUAUUAUCGAAUGGAUUGGAAAAGCUCAAACAAAAUAUAUCGGAAGACCUUUCAAGGAUAAUUUAUGCUCUUAAAGCCGUUGAUGAAAAUAAAGAUGGUCAAUUGAAGACAGCAGUGAAAGAAGCAAGCGAAAUAACCAAUGAUCCACAUAUUGCACUGAUUCCUUACAAGAACGGAAGUGUGUAUUGGGCUGGAAUCUUCAUCAAAUUUAAAUCACAGAAGCAAAUUGAAACAAUCGAAUUAAUAGACUCAGUAGAAAAUUCUAAUAUUGAUAUAAACAAUUUGCAGAGUGAAAUAGAUGAAAUUUAUAAAAAUGCUUUUGUUCGAUGGAGAAUUCUUGGAAAGCAUUCUAAUCCAGUAAAAUGUGCUGAAGUAACUGUUGAAAACUUACUACGAGCUACUUUAGAAGCUCUAGGUAUAAGUGAACAAUAUAAUAUAUGUCUCAUGGGUUCACAUGAGCAAUCAUUCAAGAGUGAUGAAUCAACUAGUGUUUUACCAAAGAAUGACCAUCAGUCUUCUACGUCAUCAUCGUCUGGAAAUCAUUCACCAAAACAACAGUUGUUGAAGCAAAUCACCGAGAGUGAAAUUGAAUUAAAAAUGUUUCAAGAAGAAUCUAAUCCAUCUCCAGUAACUUACGAAAAGAAUCAGCCAACUUCAAAAUCUAGACAGUCGGGUGCAAACAUCAAUCUUGAAGAGAGAGAAGCUCUCCAUGGAUCAAGAGCAUCUACAAGAUUAAGUGAAGUUGCAGAAUAUGAAUGUCGUACAAAUAACGAAGAAAAAAGACACGAUAUUACAGAAGAAAGUGUAAUGAAUUUGUAUCACGAUUUUACGUCAAUGCCACCUUGUGCAGAAAGAUUUACCAUUAAUCUAUUAUAUUUAGUUUCACUUAAAUUUAUCGAUGUUGAAAAGUUAUCGGACGUCAAUAUUGUAAUACCAGAUGAUAUAGAGACAGCAAUGUCAGAGCAGCUGAACUAUUUGAAAGAACGAUUGAUAGUGGAAGAUUUACGAUCAAAAGCAAUUCAAAAUUUGAUAGAAACAUGUUAUAUCAAUAUCAAGGACAAAAAUUGGCAAGCGACAUUGACAAAACUGAAACAAUUAUUUCAAAAACUUAGUCCAUUGAAUAUGCAUGAAUUAUUUAGACUCGUCCAAAAAGUUGAUGAAGCUGCACAUUUAAUACAAGAUAAAGAUAUUAUUCUUUUUCUUGGAGAAACUGGUUCAGGUAAAUCAACGGCUAUUCAUUUUUUUGCCGGCUCUACAAUGAAACGAGUCACAGUAAACGGUUUAAAUCAUAUUACGCCCAUCAAUAUAAAAAAUCCUGAACUCCAAAAAGUAACAACUUCACCAUUUGCUCGAUCUGAAACUCGAUAUAUUACUUCUGUUGAAGUCAAUUACAAAAGUGUCGAAGCAUCCACUAAUGGCAGUAUCAUAUUAUGUGAUACUCCAGGUUUCGAGGAUACUAACGGACCAGAAGUUGAUAUCGCAAAUGGGAUUGGUGUUGUUAAAGCAGUAAAAGGAUGUAAAACUGUAAAACCGCUAGUACUAUUUAGUUAUAAAAGUAUGGAUGAUAGAUGUAGUGGUAUAAAGCAGUUAGCUCAUGCCAUAGUUGGAUUGAUACCAAGCAUUAAAGAUCAUAUACAAGCUUUUUCUUAUAUAUUUACAAAAUUUCCCGAGGAAGAAAAGAAAACUAUUCAGGCUACGUUACAGGAUAUCAAUGAUAAAUUAAAUGAAGAAGAAAAAUCGAAUGUUAGUUUUACCAGUUUCCUAAAAGAUAUGUUGAGAAAAACAAAAAGAUCAUCAGUUGUCUUAGAUCCAAUUAGUGAUAAGCCAGGAGAAAUUCUCGAUGAUCUAUCUGAUACUGCAUCUAUUGACCGUCCUGAUGAAGCAUUUCAAUAUUUUACUGCGGAAAAAUCAAAAGCUACUGUACAAGAACAAGUGAGAAAACAUCAAAUCAGUAUAAUGUCCGCGACAAAACGUUAUGAAUAUGUUCUCAUUGAAUAUAAAUUAGAUCAAUUAAAUCGUUUAUAUAAAUUACUUGAGCAAGAUGAUAUAAAGCAAGUUUAUGAUGAUUGUAUUCGAUAUAUCAGGAAACUUCUUAAUGAAGAAUAUCAGAGCAGCAUUUCAACGUUUAAUCGUUGUUUAACUAAUCAGACAGUUUUAAAUAUCGAAGAUAUCGAACGAUAUCAAACAUUUAUCAAUCAUGCUAAACUUGCUGAUAAAUUGAAAGAGAAAUAUUUAGUAGGACAAGAGGUUUUUCAUAGUAAGGCAUUUAUUGACAAUCUCAUUGAGCAAGUUGACAUCUUUAUGAAAGAUUUAAAAGCAGAAGAUCUUGAUAAAUCACCAACCAAGAUUAAUUUAAAUAAGAUAAAAAUUCUUGCUAAAUAUUUUCAAGAGAUUAAAAAUAAAUAUAAAGAUAUUUGUAAAAUAUUUGCCGAUGAAUUUGAUCGAAUAGUUCAAUCGUUUAAGAGUAUACUAGAGGAAAAGAAUAUGAUCACAAUAGCAAAUUCCUUAAAAACACUUUCUGAUGCAUGUACUAUUUUAGAAGAUCAUCUAGAUAAAGAACUUCUCAAAAAAAAAUAUAACGAAUCAAAAUUAGCUUUUCUUCAAGAUUUUCGUAAUUCAGUCAGACAAUUCAGUAAAGAUAUUUCAAAAGAAAUAUAUAAUGAUGCGAUUAUUAAUAGGUUAACGGAAUGCUUAAAUUUAUUUGAAACAGUAAGAAAAGCAACCGAUCUACAAAGGCAUAUUGAUCAAAAAGAUAUUAGUAGUUUAUACGAAUGUUUCAUAAAGGACAUUUUAGAGCACUAUAGUCAAACUAACGAGAAAAUAAUGGUCGAACUAAGAAAUGAACGCUCAUAUACUAAAAUAAAAAUAUUAUUCGAACAGAUCACGUUAAUCCGAAAAAUUCCUCCUAUCGAAACAGAAACAAACAGCGACUAUUAUAGGACACUCGAACACAUCUGUGGGUACAUAAGAGAAUUGAGAAGAGAUAUUGAAUCAGUAUUAAAUGGAUUCGAUUCAAAUCGACAGAACAAUUAUAGUGCUCUUAUGAAAUGUAUUUGGAAUUUAAAAAGUGCUCAAUGGAUUGAAAAUUAUCGAAAAGAUGUUUAUUCAGAUGUCGUUGAUAAUACUAAACAACAAAUUAUUCAACAUGUUAAAAAUUUACAAAAAUCCAUUGUACAAAAAGAUAUAGAUCUUGAUAAUCCUAGUAAUAUCGCAUUUGUAUGUUCUAAAGCAUUGGAAAUUAAUGAAAUGAAAGCUGUUGAAGAAAUUGUUCCAGAUAUAGUUCAGAUUAUAGGAACAGUGAAUGAGUAUUUCAAAAAUAAAAUAGGUUAUGUACUUAAUAGCAUUAAAACAACAUUCAAUAUUGAUUCUUGGAAACAAAAAACAUCUCAAUUGAUUGAUUUUAAUGCAGCUGAGAAAGGAUUUAAGUUUUUAAAUGAAUGCAAAUCAAUAGAUAUUUCAUUUGGAAUUGAUUCAACAUCUGUUCUUGCAACAUUAAAAAAUUUUAUAAGAGAAUAUAGUAUUAUCAUUCAAAAGGAAAUAAAAGAUUCUUUUCACUUUAUAAAAGCAUUUCAAAAUGGUGAUAAACAAGAAAUAUUCCACAAAGCUACAUUAUUAUUUGAGCGUUUAGAAGAAAUAUCUGAUAUAACAGAUAAGUAUCCGAUCGUUCUUGAACAACUUCAUAGUAAAAGAAUCAAAGAAGAGUGCAAACGUGAUUUAGAAAAAUAUUUAGAAGAUUUAUCAGGCGAAUUAACUUUUCUCAAUUCUGAAGAAAAUACUGAAGCUUUUCAUAAUAAACUAUUAAUAGCAAAAGCUUUGAGUACAGUUGAUCCAUUUGUACGAGGCAAAAAGUAUAAUGAAAUUUACUCUACAUAUCAAAAAGUAUUUAUUGAUGCAGCUAGUGAACGCGGUAAAAGAGUAAUGGAAAAUAUUAACAAUUUUAAAUAUGAAGAAAUUCAAAUUGAUUUGGAAACACUAAGAACAUCGAAAGAAGCUGGACAAGGACAACGCUAUUUUGAACAAGCUAAACGGGGAUUUAAUAUUAGUUUAGAUAGUUUAUUGGAAGCAACAAAAAAUCAAACGAUUAUGCUUGGAUCGAAAUUAGAAUUUGAUGCAAUUAAAGCACUAGUAGAUAAUCUAAAACGAAUGGAAAAAGCAAAAAGAUACAUGUCAGAAUAUACGGAUAAAUUAGAUCUAAUAGAUAGCUGCGUAAGUGAAGUUAAAGGAUUAAUCGAAGGACGAAUGAAAAAUUAUUUAACUAGUGUUCGAGCUGUCAAUAAUAUGGGUAAUUUUUAUGAAGCUGGUGAACGAUUAAAACAUAUACAAACAGUCAAAGACUUGUUAGGCAUAUAUUGUACAGAAUCUAUUUCUCAAGAAAUAGACACAUUGAACCACAAUCAAGAUGAAAUUUUAGAUAAUGUUGUCGUGAAAAAAUACAUAGAAAUGGAUAUUAAUGAAUAUACAUUGAAUCCACCAAAAGAUAUAUUUGAUAGAUUAGAAAAAGUGAAAGAAACUGACGAAAGAUAUGUUAAAGCUUUAGAGGAAUUACGUAAAGGUAUCAGGGGUAAAUUUCGAAAAGAAUUAGAUGAUGCGAUUAGAAAGAAACCAUCAAAUCCUGAUAACAUUCAUAUAAGAAGAUUUGAAGCAGCAAUUAAAUAUUUACCUGAUGAUUUGCAAACAGGUCUUGAAGUAGAAUUUAAAUAUUGUAGAGAACAAAUAACUAAAGAUAUUCAACAAAAUGAUAAAGAAUUAGAUAGUGCAUAUAAUAGCAAAGACAUUAAGUGUUUGAAAGAAUUCAUUCAAAAAUGUCGAAAAACAGAUGGUAUGCAGGGUUAUAUCGAGAAAGCUCAAGCAUAUGUUCUUCAACAAACCGAAGAAAUUGUAUCUGAAAUAAAAACAAAUCUGAAAGACUACAAAAUAAAAGAAGCAUUAUCUAACAUUGAAAAACUCGAUUCUCAUAGAAUUGAAUUAAAAGAUCUUGUUGAUAUUAAACAAUUGUGUACGAAAACUCGAUUAGAACUAACAAAUACUUUUCAAGAAGUAUAUAUUAGUUGUAUGAAGUAUUUUUCGAAAGAAGAAAAACAAUCAUUUGAUGAUGAGAAAAUCGAAGUACCAACAAAUGACAUUUUUUGUGUAAUGGAAUUCACCAAAUUUCGAGAUAGACAUAAGACAAAAAGUAUUUUAGUAGACAUGUUUACAAGCGAUUUCGAUAAAAAUCUUAAGAAUUUUCGUCUCACUUUUGUUAAUUUUUUUAACGAACGUGAAAAAACCUAUAAAAAAGCUUCAGAGAACGUUGAUUUUACACUAUACAAACAUGUCUUAUCUGUUAUGACUAAGUGGAAUAGUUCAUUAACAAAAAUAAAAAAUGAGCGUCAUGAAUUAGAUAAGGAAGAUAACCUAAUGUUAAGUUUGGUUACAUGUGUGACAUAUCUAACACCUAUUUCAUCGAUGCUACUGACACUAUCACAACAUAUUAAAAAACUAACGCGUGAAAUAAUACAAACUAGAAUAAUCAAUGAUGAUAUUAAUGAAAUAGAAAAUGAUCGAGAACAACGUUUUAAAAGCCUGAAUAAGAAAUUUUCAAUUUUAAUCGAUUCUAAAAAAGUCGUUCAUUUUCUUUCCGAUAUUGAUAUUAAUAGAUUUGAAAGUGAAUGUCUGAAAGGAUUUGAAAAAAGCAUUACCGAGACAUUUUCACUUAUCGAAGUUAUUUUGAAACGUGUUUUUGGAGAAAACCGUUUUUCAAAAAUAGACAGUGUUAAUUUUAUUAAGUAUUAUUAUAAUUUAGUAUCAUAUAAACAAGAAAUGACAUUAGCUCCAUGUGGAGUUGAAGAAAAGCUUGAUAAAAUUCGACAAACUAUCAAUGAAAAUAUUGAAAUUUGUGCAGGUUCUAUUGAAACUGAUAGAACAAUUCAAAAUGUCUACUUAAUGUUAACAAAUAUAAAACGUGUAGCGAUGAAUAUGCCUCCAUUCAAAGCAAAAAUUAAUGCGCGAAUAGAUGAGCUAUUGAGUGAUUAUAAAAGACUCAAUGAUGAUAAUUUAGCUAUUUCAAAACUAGGUACAAUUUUAAAUCAGGAUACGACGGGUAUUGGUCAAUAUAUAAUAGGAGAACACAAAAUAUUUGAAGGAUAUUCAACGUCUAUAUUUAAUCAAAAAACACAAAGACAUGAUAUAAACUAUGUUUUAGCUAAAUUAGACGGUGAUUUCAUUGAUUUAAAUUUGUUAAGGAAACGAUUCGAUGAAUUUCAUAAAAUUUAUCAAGAGUUAGUUAAAAGAUAUAUAAAACCUGAUAUGAAAUUAGAACCAUUAGUAUCAGAUAUUAAAUUAAUUGCAGGAACUAAUAAACAGAUACCAGAUGAUAUUGAAUGGGACACAAUCAAGAGUAAGCUUCCACGAUUAACAGCACAUAUAUUUGCAUUAUGGACACUUAAGUCUGCAGAACAUUAUUUUGAAGCUAAGGGCUCAGAUAAUCAGGAAAGCUAUUUACUUCAACCCCAUGCAGCUCAAGUUGUCGCUAUAUUUCGUAUGCUUGGUAUAGGUGAUAAGGAAGAGAAAUUAAACAACAAUUUAGUACAAAUAGGUACCGGUGAAGGAAAAUCUAUAACAUUAGGAGCUACAGCUUGUAUACUUGCAUUACUCGGUUUUGAUAUUUAUUGUGCAUGCUAUAGUCAAUACUUAAGUCAGAGAGAUUAUAAAUCAUUUCUACCGUUAUUUGAUUCGCUAGGUUUAGUAAAUUACAUACAUUAUGGUACAUUUAAUGAACUAUGUGAAGAAAUAAUUAAUGAAGAUGGCGAAAUUCGUCAAAUAAUCGAACAGAUUAUUUCUCAAAAUUUGAGUAAGAUAGCGAAAAUAUCUAAAGCAAACAAGCGUGCUAAAAUAUUAUUAAUAGAUGAAGUUGAUAUCUUUUUUAGUCCAGAGUUUUAUGGUAAUCUUUAUACACCUGUAGCUAGUUUACGAGAUCCUACUAUAACGGCAUUAGUUUAUCUCAUAUGGAAUCAAAGAAAUUCAAAAAUGAAUAUUAAUCAAGUGAAAAAUACAGCUGAGUAUCAGGCAUGCAUUAAUAAAUAUCCUAAUUGGAAAAAUUUAGUUGAUGAAGCUCUUAAAGACAUGCUUUUUGAUGUACGUAAUUUUCAAUCACAUGGUUAUACGGUUAAGAAUGGUCAAAUCGCAUAUAUCGAACAAGAUAAUGUUGUUUAUAAUAUUUCUUACGGUUAUAAAACUUUAUUUGCUUAUCUCCAUGAACAUGAAAAGAGUAACGAAAUAAGUAAGGCAACUGUAGAAAAAAAUAUUUCUAUUGAAAUCAAAUGUGGUAGUUUUUCUUAUGCUGAAAUUCCGCUUGAAUUUAACUAUAUGAUGGGUGUAACAGGUACAUUAAGAACUUUAAGUGAACCUGAGAAAAAAGUAAUACGGAACGUAUAUAAAAUUAAAAGAAAUACAUAUAUGCCAUCAGUAUUUGGUGUAAAUAAUUUGAUAUUCAGAGAAGGAAAUGAUAUUAAAAUUGAAAAUGAGAACGACUACUUUAACGUAAUAAAACAAGAAAUAGAGGAUAGAUUAUAUGGGAAAUCAUCAGAUCAACGUGCUCUAUUAGUAUUUUUUGAGUCAGAAAAGAAAUUACAGGAAUUUCGUGAUUCAAAAGCGUUAGCUUCGCUAAAAGACUUCGUCUUUUGUUUAACAGAACAAACGUCUUUAGAAGAAAAGGAGUCAAGAAUAAAAUCUGCAACUGUAUCAGGAAGAAUAACAUUAUUUACUAGCACAUUCGGUAGAGGAACUGAUUUUAUAUGUUAUGAUCAAACUGUUCUUUCAAAUGGAGGUACUCAUGUUAUUCAAACAUUUCUUUCUGAAGAAAUAUCAGAAGAAGUACAAAUAAAGGGAAGAACGGCAAGACAAGGUAAUAAAGGAUCGUACAGUAUGGUUUUACUUGAUCGUGAUCUUGAGAAAUUUCAAAUACAAAAGAGUGAUAUUGAAGAUAUUAGAGCAGGUAAAGGGUUUCUUAGUCGUUUAGCUGGUGUUAUUGGGAUUUCGAAGAAAUACAAUACUAUGCAUGAGCUUCUAGAUGAAAAACGUACUGAGACUUUUAAAGCACGAUACGAUAAUAAUAGAAAAUUUGUCGAACAUGCUCGAAUUAAACAUGAAAAAGCUAAAAAAUUAUUAUCAAACCUUACUACUGGCAAACUUGACGCCGUUAAAGAGUUUCUAGCUGAAGAAAAUAAGGGAGCAGAAGGUUCAACAACUUCACGAACUGUUUGCUUAAUGGAUGCAACAGGCUCCAUGUACGCUUUGUUACAUAAGUGUAAAAAUACAGUAGAUAUUAUGUUUGAGAGGGCUUCAAAAAUUCUACAAGAACAUAAUAUAAGUUCGAAUUCGUUUCAAAUUCAGUUUGCUGUCUAUCGAAACUAUAAUAGUAAAGAAGAUAAAAUUCUACAAAGUUCUCCUUGGGAAACUAAACCAGAUAACUUGCGUGCUUUUAUGAAUACAAUUGAAGUUGAAGGAGGUUUGGAUAAUGAAGCUGUUGAAAUUGGUUUAUGGCACACGAAUCAGGAAAAUAUAAGAGAAACUAUUACACAGGUUAUUUUGAUAGGCGAUGCUCCUCCAAAUACACGGAACGAGGUAAAAAUAAAAAGAAAACAGUUUGGUGAACAGUACUGGUUAGGAACUAAAUUUCAACAAGAGACCUAUUAUGAGAAUGAGCUUGAACAUUUGAAAAUUUCCAAAAUUCCCGUACAUGCUUUUUAUGUUGAACAUCGAGCGAAAAGUGUUUUUCAAAAAAUUGCUCAAAAUACAGGAGGACGUUGUGAAAUGCUAGAUAUAAAUUCUUCAGCAGGCGCGAAAAUGUUAACAGAUUUAGUAACCGAGGAAAUUCUUAACAAUAUUGGAGGAUCUGUAAAAGGUGAUGUUCUUGUUAAAGCAUAUAGAGAAAAGUAUUCCAAAAAAGAUGUAGAAUAG